AUGAAUUUUGAAUUACCAGCAGAUCUCCAAGCUCACUUAUCAUCGAUUGAUUCUUUCAUUCACAAGACAAUCUUGCCCUUGCAGCACGCCGAUGACAACAAUCGCUUCUUCGACCACCGUCGUGAGUAUGCACGAACAGACUGGGAGAACCAUGGAAAUCCUCGGAGGGAAUGGGAGGAGCUCUUAGGUAAGGCGCGCACCCUGGCGGAUGCUUCGGGUUUCUAUCGGUUCGCCCUACCAAAGGUCUAUGGGGGCCAGUCGCACCCCAAUACCAAUUUGUGGAUGUCAGCCAUUCGCUAUCACUUGUCCUCGAAUCCUGUCUACGGUGGCGGUCUAGGACUCGCCAAUGAUCUACAGAACGAGCACAGUAUCGUUGGAAAUUUCCCGGAUGUGUUGAUGCUGCAUCACUUCGGCAACGAACAGCAAAGGAACACGUUGAUUCCGGCACGUCUGCGGGGGGAAUUCCGAACAACGUUUGGUCUUACUGAGCCCGACCAUGGAAGCGAUGCCACAUUCAUGUCCACUGCCGCGCACCAAGCUCGUGGGGGUUUUGAAAUCACGGGGGCAAAGAAAUGGCAAACAGGGGCGCAUCACUGCACACACUUUCUCAUCUUUGCACGGACCUCGGGACAAGCCGGGUCGGCGCAAGGCAUCACUGCAUUCUUAGUUCCUCGUGAAACCAGAGGGGUUCGCAUCGCUAGCUAUGAGUGGACGCUGAACAUGCCGACCGACCACGCCACAGUGGAACUGGAUAAAGUAUGGGUGCCCGAAUCGGCGGUUUUGGGAUCGGUCGACCAGGGGUUAGCCAUCGCACAAACAUUCGUGCAUGAGAACAGAAUUCGUCAAGCGGCUAGCUCUUGUGGGGCUGCACGAUACUGCCUGGACCGAAGCAUAGAACGAGCCCGCGCGCGGAAAAUCUGGGGCGAAGGGAAAUCGCUGGCUGACAACCAGGCGAUUCAGUUUCCGGUCGUCGAACUAAUGACACAGGUGGAGAUGCUGCGACUGUUUAUCUUGAAGACCAGCUGGGAGAUGGAUCGUAUCGUGGCGGAAUGCCAGUCGUCGAACACCCAGCGUCCGCCUUGGGUGGAGAUUGAGCGUCGUCUUUCCGACCAGGUGGCCAUGUGUAACUUCUGGGCGAACCGACUAUGCUGUCAAGCUGCCGACCGAGCAAUUCAGAUUCACGGGGGUGACGGCUAUUCUCGUCACUAUCCUUUCGAGCAUGUUUAUCGUCAUUUCCGUCGGUAUCGGAUCACCGAGGGCGCAGAAGAGAUUCAAAUGCGCAAGAUCGGGGCAUACAUAUUCGGAUUUGCAGGCCCAAAGAAGAAAGACGUGGAGGCUGCUGCGGGUUCCAAGCCCAAAAUCUGA